CCCUGUCCCUACCAGCGCCCAGCCCAGUGACUAAUCAGUGUCACCCAGUGAGCAGCCCAAGCAGCUGCAAGAUGGGCACUUAGGAGAAUCAGGGCCUGGAGUCCUGCUCUGCCUUUGCUACCUGGGGAUGUGAGUGAGUGGGGGACCCAUUGGAGGUUACCCGAUGAAGCCCCAACUCGGGGCUUUGGAAAUGACAGCGGUGCUCAGGGCUCAGACGAAGCUCACGUCCAGGCUGGAGCAGAGGGCUGUGCACCUGAAGGUGUAGUGACUCUCAGCAGCCCAACCCCUGCCUUUUAGAGAUGAAGAAACUGUGACCCAGAUUGGUAAAUGCCUCUGUGGCUUGCCCGGCUCAGAGUCAGCUCACAGCAAGCAGGGCAUCAGCCGCAGUCUCCUGUUCUGCGUCGUCUGAAUGAAAGCAUCCGCAUUCCGUGGCUACAAAGUGCAGGACCUCAGACCCGCAGCCCCUGGGGCCUCUGGAUGUUGCUGGAAACGAUGCUCACCUUGUACCUGUUGAUGAUGGGUGUCUCUGCCUUCACCAUUCAGCCUGAGGAACGCACGGUGGCUGCAGGGAGCUGCCAGGACCGCGGCAAGCAUUUUAAAACCAGUCUCAAGGUGGAAGGGGAGCCUGUGGUCCUGAGGUGCCCCCAGACGCGGUACUGGCUGGGGGCUACUGCCAGCCCCCUUGGCACCGUGACCUGGCGCAAGAGCAGCUCUGCCGGGCCGGCCCCUGGGGAAGACGGGCGAGUGUGGGUCCAGGAUGGUGACCUCUGGAUCCUGCCCGCCCAGCAGGGCGACUCAGGCACCUACCUCUGCACUGUCAGAAAUGCCUCGUACUGUGACCAGAUGGCCCUGGACCUCAGGGUGCUGGAGAACACAGACGCUUCGCUGCCCGCUGUCUCCUACCCGCAGGUGCUCACCGUUGCGGCCUCAGGCUCCUUAGUCUGCCCUGAACUGAGUGAAUUCACCCAGAACAAAACUGACCUGAAGAUUCAGUGGUACAAGGAUUCUGUCCUCUUGGAUCAAGACAGUGAGAGGUUUGUCAGUGUGAGAGGAACGACGCGCUUACUCAUCCGCGAUGUGUCUGUGGAGGACGCGGGCCGUUACCGCUGUGUCAUGGCCUUUGCCCACGGGGGCACGCGGUACAACGUCACAAGGAAUAUCAAACUCCGUGUCCACAGGAAAGAAGUGGAGACCGUACCCGUGAUGCUGUCCCCGCACCAGACCAUCUCGGCUUCCCUGGGCUCGAGGCUGACGGUCCCGUGCAAGGUGUUCCUGGGAGGCGGCCCGCACUCGACCACCCUGCUGUGGUGGAUGGCCAAUGCCACCAGCAUCGACGCCGCCUACCAGGCCGGCCGCGUGCGUGAGGGGCCGCGCCUGGAAUACUCAGAAAACAACGCGAACUACAUUGAAGUGCCCCUGAUUUUUGAUCCAGUCAUCAGAGAGGAUCUGACCACGGAUUUUAAAUGUGUUGUUCACAACACACUGAGUUUUCAGAUGCUGCAUACCACAGUCAAAGAAGUUUGUUUUCUUUCCUCUGUGACUGUAUUGAAUCCUCAUGACCAUGCUCAUUGGGAAAGGUCAGAGCUAACCCGGCCUCGUCCCGGUUGCGAGCUGAGGCCCACCCACGCGACAGCUCCCUGUACACCACCCAGUGGGGGGGCCGAGGCAGACCCUUGCUCUGCUGCUUCUCUCAGAUGAAGUGCUGCGCCCUUUGCUGGUUUCCAUGGCGCCACAGAGGCCGCCCUCCAAUGCCCCUGGUCCUGGUGCCCGGACACACACUCUGAAGCUCAGUGCGCAUUUAUUGGAGGGCCCACCCCCAGUGGCUCUCUGCCCCCAAACCCGCACGCACUGUCCUAUCUGGUGAGAAUGUUUGACCCUGUCCUGACCUUUCUUC